CCUCAGCAGAUCCUGGGCUCCAGAGCCGCCGGAGCCUCGUACAGCGGCGGCAUUGUUUCACCCGUAAACAGAGGCUGACACAGCGGAGCCGGUCAUCCGGUUCCACCGUCUAAAUGUGUGGAAUACCGUCCGACUGGAGACUGCUCACGUGCGUGGACGCAUAGACAAGGAAUCGGCAGCUGGGGAGGAUCGAUGUGAUUUUUGGCAGAAAAGUAAACCACUUUAAAAUGGCAACCACCGCCCGCUCCCGGCGACCAUAAACCGAGAGUCAGCAGCUCCAUGUGUCCUCGCUGGCUCUGGUAGUUCAGCUGAGCUCUUCCCUCCUCCCUGCUCGCUCUCUGCUGUGGAGGCAUCAUGUCGGCGGCUCAGACCCAGAAGGAGAGCAGCGAGGCGGGCUGGAGCUGUCUGGAGGCUCUGGGUCUCAGUCAGAAGGAGCUGGUCCUGGCCGAGGCCCUGCAGAUGGAGUAUGACGCUCUCUCCAGACUCAGACAGGACAAGAGUGGAACCGGGACCGGCCAGACCCCCGACUCAGCCAGUCAAACCCGCUCCAAGACCCCGAAUCCCACCAUCCAGCGCCCCCGACCCACCCCCGGCCAGUCCAGUCCAGGUCCCACAGGAGGAAGCCUGCUGAGGGGCCUCUCUGGGUCUGACCCCUCACUGAACCAGCCUGGAGGGUCACAGUCUUCACACUCCCUCCCAGCCAGGGCGCCCCUUCCUCAGGGAGGCUAUAUCAAAGAGUCCCUGUACAUCCUGGACAGUCCUGAGGCCAACAAGUUCAGGAACUGCUCAGGUUCCAGCCUCGGGGACUCAACUGAGUCUGGGUCAGGGAUUCUCCCCAAAGGCUUCCUGUCUCUUCCAGAUGAUAUACCCCCCGCCAUCCCUCCAAGAAACCCCAUCCCCCCGUCAUCAGGGUCAGAGAACCCGUUCCUGCCCUCUCGAGGGUCCACCGUGCCCCGCAAUGUGAACCUGUUUACGCCGGAGGUGGAUCAGCCCAAAGUGACCUCGGGGGAGUUGAACUACGACAACAUUAACGACUCGCUGUCCCGACUCAACGGGAGCCAACAAGCGCCUCGAGGUCGGAGGGCCAAUGGGGACCAAACAGGAAAGCCUGUGGCUCGGAGUAAGACCCUCCCGCCUCAAGUCCCGCCCAGGACGUACGUACCUGUUCCCAAGAGCAACAAGAACCAGCGGCGGGUGUCUGCAGACCCGGUGUCUCUGGCCUCCAGGGUCAGUGGAUUUGGAUAUGAACUCUUCCAGGUGUCUGAGGAGAGAGACGAGGAGGUGGCUGCUUUCUGUCACAUGCUGGAUGUUUUACGUUCGGCGUCGCCGCACAGCGACCGCUCGAAGAACGCUGGCUUCGUUUGGUCGCCGUCCGUCAGUCAGGAGGAGCUGCAUCAGGGUCUGGGGGUCAGCGUGAAGGUCACCGUCAUCAGCGAGCACUUCAGAGAGCCUCUCACCUUUACCUGCGAUGGUUCCUCCACGGUGGACCUGCUGAUCUAUCAGACUCUGUGUUACGCGCAGGAUGAUCUGGAUCACAUGGACGUGGACCACUACCUGCUGAAGGUGUGCGGACACGACGAAUUCCUCAACAACUCUCAGACUCUGGCCAGUCUGGAGUUUGUCCAACAGUGUCUCAAGUUUGACUGGGAUGUCCGACUGUUUCUCACCAAGAGAUCAGCCAUCAGCACAGAGCUGGCCCGCAAGAAAGACGACGACGAGACGUUGUCCACCAUGAACCACAGCAUCCUGCUGCAGGAGCGUCCAAUCAAACAGACCGUCACCAGAGAGGCUCUGACUCUGCUGCUGGAUACUUUUCACAACGAAGCCGAGUCCUUCCUGCUGUCAGAGGUGGAGCUGCCGCUGCACGUGGAGCGUCUCGUCCAAUCGGUGAAGGCGCUCUGCAGCUCGUUAGCUGCCGUGGAGACGCCUGACGUGACCGCCGCCCUCAGCCAGCUCCCAGCAUGCCCCUGUCGUCUGCAGCCUAAAGUGCUGAAGGAUGCUUCAGUGCUGGCCGUCAGAGAGAACAGAGAGAAAGUGGUGGAGAAGUUGACGGCGGCCAUCUUGGAUCUUGUGGAGCUGUACUGCAGCACGUUCAACGCCAACUUCCACACGACGCCGCAGAGUCAGUGCUGCACGGCGCCGGUGCAGGAGGCCGGCCUCAUCACCAACGUGCUCUCCUUCAACGUGCACGCCGCUCACCGCAUCCCCAUCACCUGGGCCGCCAGCUACGAGGGUUUCUUCCUGUCCUGCUCUCUGACUCAUGGAGGGGUGGAGCUCUGUGCGCCACAACACACCAGCAAACAGUCGGUCAGCAAAUACCUGUUCCACCUGGUGGUGUGGGACCAAAGGGUGUGUUUCCCGGUGCAGAUCAACCAGCUGCCCAGAGAGUCUCAGCUGACGGUGACGCUGUACGCCAGCUCUCUGCCGCCCCCCGGAGGAGCCGAGGAGAAGGGGAAGCAGCGCCGCAGCAUCGAGGCUUUGGGCUGGGUCACCAUGCCGCUCUUCAACUUCAGACAUGUCCUGACAUGUGGCAGGAAGUUACUCGGUCUGUGGCCUUCAGCUCCAGGGAGGAGUGGAAACGCUCGAACAAGCUCGCCAAACUUCAGCCAACCAGACAGCGUGAUCCUACAGGUGGACUUUCCCACCUCAUCCUUCGAGGUCCGGUUCAGCACUCCUUCUCCAGCAGACUUCUGUCCCCAGUACGACUUCUCCAGACUGGACACCGUCAGUCAGAUCCAGCUGCAGGACGUCCUCCACAAGAAGGCCGUCUUCUGGUUGACGGCGGAGGACAAGCGUCUCCUGUGGGAGAAGAAGGCCUUCUGUCAGGCUGAGAGUGCAGCUCUGCCUCUGGUCCUGGCCAGCGCCCCCUGCUGGCAGUGGGCCUGUCUGCCUGACAUCUACUCCCUGCUGAAGCAGUGGGCCUGCCUGAGUCACCUGGACGCUCUGGGGCUCCUCCACGCCUCGUUCCCGGACCAGGAGCUGAGGAGGACGGCCGUUCAGUGGAUGGACUCCAUCUCAGAUCCAGAGCUGCUGGACUUCCUGCCUCAGCUCGUCCAGGCUCUGAAGUACGAGUGUUACCUGGACAGCUCUCUGGUUCGUUUCCUCCUGCGGAGAGCCAUCGGGGACAUUCGCAUCGCUCACUACCUCUUCUGGCUGCUGAAGGACAACCUGCAGGACAGUCAGUUCAGGGCUCGCUAUCAGCACCUUCUGGCCGCUCUGCUCUGCUGCGUCGGUCGAGGUCUCCGUGAAGAGUUCGACCGCCAGUGCUGGCUCGUCUCCGUCCUCGCCAAGGUGGCUCACAAAGUCCGAGACUCCACGCCGUCCAGCAGACAGUGUGUCCUCAGGGAGGGUCUGGAGGAGAUGAAGCAGUUCUUCUCAGUUAACAGCAGCUGUAGACUUCCUCUAAACCCGGCGCUGCUGGUCACAGGAAUUAACAUCAAGUCGUGUUCCUUCUUCAACUCCAACGCUGUCCCUCUCAAACUGUCCUUCCAAAACCUGGACCCUCUGGGAGACAGCGUCAACGUCAUCUUUAAGUCAGGAGACGACCUGCGGCAGGAUAUGCUGACUCUGCAGAUGAUCCGGAUCAUGAACAAGAUCUGGAUCCAGGAGGGUCUGGACAUGAGAAUGGUCAUCUUCAAAUGUUUCUCCACUGGCAGAGGACGAGGUAUGGUGGAGAUGAUUCCUCAUGCUGACACUCUGAGGAAGAUCCAGGUGGAACAUGGAGUCACUGGGUCCUUCAAAGACCGGCCACUGGCCGACUGGCUGCAGAAACACAACCCUACUGAUGAGCAGUACGACAAGGCAGUGGAGAACUUCAUCUACUCGUGUGCCGGCUGCUGCGUGGCGACCUACAUCCUGGGAAUCUGUGACCGCCACAACGACAACAUCAUGCUGAAGACCAGCGGUCACAUGUUCCACAUCGACUUCGGGAAGUUCCUGGGACACGCGCAGAUGUUUGGAAACAUCAAACGGGACCGCGCCCCCUUCGUCUUCACCUCCGACAUGGCGUACGUCAUCAACGGAGGAGACAAACCGUCCAGUCGCUUCCACGACUUUGUGGAUCUGUGCUGCGAGGCGUACAACCUGAUCCGGAAACACACACACCUGUUCCUCAACCUGCUGGGCCUGAUGUUGUCCUGUGGGAUCCCUGAACUUUCUGAUCUGGAGGAUCUAAAGUACGUCUACGACGCGCUGAGACCUCAUGAGUCUGAGGCUGACGCCACCAUGUACUUCACCAGGUUGAUCGAGUCCAGUCUUGGAAGCGUCGCCACCAAACUCAACUUCUUCAUCCACAAUCUGGCUCAGAUGAAGUUCGCCUCGUCGGAGGAUCGUCCCACGCUGUCCUUCGCUCCCAGAGUCCACACGGCGAAGAGCGACGGCCUCAUCAGGAACCUCUACAUCUGCAGACACAUCCGCACCGCCAACCCCAGCAAAGGAUACGCCUUUGUAGUGAAGGUGGAGCGUGACGGCCAGCAGGAGGCGCUGCUGGUUCAGAGGACGUUUGAAGAGUUUCAUGAACUUCACAGCAAACUGAGACUCGUCCUCCCCUCGUCCAAGCUACCCAGUUUCCCGAGCCGUUUUGUGAUUGGUCGGUCCCGAGGCGAGGCAACAGCUGACAGGAGGAAAGACGAGCUAAAUGGUUACGUGUGGCAUCUGAUCCACGCUGCUCCAGAGGUCGCUCAGUGUGACCUCGUCUACACCUUCUUCCACCCGCUGCCCAGAGACGAGAGACCAGGAAGCACAAGCAGCAAACCAGCAGAGAUGGCGUGGUCUCCGGCUUCAGGCAAAGAGCUCGGCGAGGUCAAACUGUCGAUCUCCUACAAGAAUGACAAACUCUUCAUCAUGGUGAUGCACAUACGAGGACUGCAGCCCCUGCAGGACGGCACAGACCCGGACCCCUAUGUGAAGCUCUACCUCCUCCCAGACCCCCAGAAGACCAGCAAGAGGAAGACCAAGGCGGCACGGCGCACCUGUAACCCCACCUACAACGAGAUGCUCGUGUAUGAGCGGAUCCCUCAGGGGGACCUGGACCAGAGGGUGAUUCACCUGCGGGUUCUUGGUGAUGGGGCUUUCUGGGAGAACACCCUGCUGGGAGAGACCUUCAUCCCUCUGAAGAGGCUGGUCCCAGGUCAGCACUGGGUGGACUGGCACCAGCUGGGCGCCGCUGGCUCAGACUCCGCCCACUGACAGACAGGAAACAGGAAGCGGUGGAUUUAAGGGAAGAGAAGACAAAAGGGAAAUCCUUUCACAGUAAAAGCCGUGUGGCUGAUCCUCCCUCUGUGUGUGAGGGAGUUUAGGUUUAGUGUCAAGUUUAAAGCUGCAGUUUAACUUCACUGAUGAUAACGUUAGCUUAGCAUUUUAACACAGACUCAGAAGCAGAGAAAAUCUGCACUUUUACUGCUAAUUUAUUUGGUUAAUAAUGAUUGAAGUUUUGUGAAUGAGGCAGAUUUGGUUUCAUGAUCAGGUCCUUUAAACUUUCAAAAAGACAAAUUCUCCUGAUGUGAUGAUGCUCAAGACAACAAACUGUCCAAUGACGUCGCUUCAAGGUUAAUACAUUAAACAACUCUUCAGUUUAACAGACACGUCCAGACCGACGGCACGGAGCAGAUCAUUCCUCUUUAUGUUUUCAAAGGACAGUUUUAAGUGAAAAUGUCUUCAGGAGACAGAGAUGCUCUGAUGUUUCUUCUUCUUCUUCCUCUUUGGUGUGUUUCCAGAGGAGCCGUCUGCUCCCGACAACAAACCUUCACAUGAAAUGAUUUUCACUGCUCGUGCUUCUUGUUUGAGUUCACUUUAGUUCUGUUUUUUUUAAUAUUUUCUCCUGUCUGAACAUGGAAGGUGUGAAAGAAGAAAAACAGAUGAUGAGUUAAUAAUCAUAAUAAGAAUUAGAAUGAGUGUUUCAGUCAGCACGCAGAGGCAUGCUGGGAAACUGAGAGACGUCUCCCUGCUGAAAGGAAGAAGAGGCACGAUGAAGAAAAUCACAUUUCACAUCAUUUUUAUUCUAAAUGAUUUUGAGAAAGAAACUAUUUGUUUUAACUUUAAUACAGAAAUGAUGAAAUCCUUCAACACUUCAGAGAAAACUACCUUUUGUGGGCAUUCGAGUCAUUUUCCAGGACCUUUCCAGGACUUUUCCAGGAACUAAAAGCUGCAUUUAAGAAUUGUGGCAGCAUUUUUUUUUGCAGCUUUUCGUGUCGGGAAAAUGUGAAGAAACAGACUCUCACUGAGUCUCUGUGGUGAUUUCAGCACAACACGCGGUGUAGAGAAGAGUUUUAACUCAGUGAGCUGCAGGAGUGCUUCUGUACAUACAGAGCUUUAGCCUAAAUGUUGCUAACAGGAAGUAGUCAUCGUGUCGGAGACGCAGACUGCAGAUAUUUUUCUAGUGAGGAUGAGGAUUUGAUUUUCUGUCUGUGCUGCAUGAGAGCUUCUUACGGUUCCUGUCAGGAGUCGCUGCUCAGUUUGCCUUCAGCUUGUGGUGUUCUGCUUUCUGCUGAGCUCUCAGUGAUCUGGAUCUUUUGUUUCCACGCUGCAUUCCUUGUUUUUUGAUCACCGUUCUGUCUGUAAUUUAGUACUUUUUGGGAAAGUUUUGUGGCCAUUUCAAACUGCCUCUGUGGGUUCCUGAUAAUCCAGGUUGCAGUGAAUGUUGAAGGGAACGGAGGGACUUCCUGCAGGUUGUUUCUGCGCUGUAGACGAGACAAACUGAGGACGUGAACCUGCAGGAAACAAACUCCACUGAUCUGCUCUGUUCAGCACUCUUUUCCGAAUGAUUCGGACGAGGCUCUGAAUUCUGAGAGGAAGAGUUAACGUUUCAGUCUCAAUGUUUUUCCUGAGAGGUGGAUGUUAAUUAUUCUCCACUUUUGACCCUAACGCUGUCCUGUAGACCUCUUGAUGCUGCAGCUGAGGCUCCUCGGUUCAGUUGAAUCAGCAUUUAUUUUAAAUGUCAACGUCAUCGGAGUUGGAGCUGUGAAGUCUGACCCUGUGACGAGGGGGCGUUUCCCAUGGCAACGGUCGACAGACAGUUGCGGGCGGCGUUGCUAUGAGACGUGCUGCUUGCUGUGUCUGGUGUGGCUCUGAUUGGAUGCUGUGAUAGGCUUGUUUAUCUUACAAACAAUCAUGCAGAUGUUUUGUCACCGAGGCCACAGAGCGCAGCUGAAAUACUGCAGCUGUGUCCAGACAGAACACCGCGAGCUCCACGGCACCGUGAUCACAUGCAAAAUCAAAGGAAGUAUAAUUUAAAUAGUAAAUAUUCAAACGGCCUCCUGACUAACUCGGCAGUGUGAAGUGAGGCUGGUCUUUUCUAAACGUGCAGUUUUUUGACUGGAGUUUGGUGAAAUGAAGCGAUGAGCCUCAGCUGCAGCUGACGGUGUGACAUCACCUCCAUGGUGUUGAUGUGAUGGACAGAGACGAGCAGUGACGGCGGGGACACACUGAGACCACGGGGACAGAAUGUAAGUUCACAGUGAACAGGAUCUUUAUGUACUGUACAUACUGACCAGAUUUAAAAUGUGACCCAGCGCUCUGACUUACAGGCUGUUAUUAAUGUGUAACUUUCCUUUUGGAACAUGUUUUGUAUUAUUUGCACUACAAAAUAAACUUGAAG